UAGGCUGCCUUACUGCAGCAGCCCCGCUGAACGUCUAGACCAGGGUGCGCGCUUCGCUCCAGACUUCGCGGGAGCGCAGGCGAGCUGCCGCUCCCACCCCCCACGCCCACCAGGUGCAUUGAUCGUCACCCUCCUGCAUCCCACCAGCGGUGGCCUAGGCUGUCAGGGACAAAGGGAAGGGAGGAACAGCUCGGGCCAGCCGGGAGAUCGGACACGUAAGUCCCCUGCGGACCCUCGGAUUGCCCCGGGGAAAUAACAUUGCGUUCCGCUAGCCGGCAGGUAGCUAGAGCCCGGAGCCCCAAAACCUGAGCCUGAACCCGCGGGUGGCCCUUCCAGAGUAAGAUUGACCAAGCCUGUGUUCCGCAGUCCACCCCUUCCUCGGGCUCCCUCCCACUCCAAGAUUAGCCUCUCUACUGGGCAGCGCCAUGACCAUGAACCUUCUGCAAGAUUGGUGCAAGGAGCUGGAAGUGGAGGUUCACAGGGCCCUGCUGAUUACCGGCAUCCCUGAGCGCCUGCAGCAGGCAGACAUCGAAGCCACUCUGAGACCGAAUUUGCAACCCCUGGGCAACUACAGGCUUCGGACUGUGAGAGCAGUGACCAAGGAAAAAGCUCAGGCCGCCUUGGUGGAGUUUGGGGCAGAUAUCGAUCACUCUGCCAUUCCCAUCCAUAUCCGGGGAGAUAAUGGUAUCUGGAAGAUCCUGAGUAAGGACCGCGGGCAAGAUGCUCGGGUCCUUAGGCAGAUGAGGCGCCUGUUGCUCGAUGAACGGCCCAUGGAUGACUUUAGAGAAAUAGCUAUCCCUCUGGUAUUGGAGGCCCAAGCCCAGGCAAAGGGGUUGGGGAAAGAGGCCAAGAAGGCUGCUUCCUCCGAAGGGGCAGCCAGGAACGGCCGUCGGAGCCGUCGGGGAGGCAAGCGCAGAUCUAGAACCCACACAUUUACGGCUCAGAAGGGCAAGAAGAGGGGCCGGGGAGGGCGCCGAGCCAGGAGUGAGUCCGAAGACUCAUCUGAUGACAGCCUGGGCAUUGUCAUAGAGGAGAUCUAUGCAGAGGACCUGAGCGUAGACGAGGACCAGAGGGCUCUGUAUGCCACGCUGCAAGCAGCCGCCAAAGAACUCACCAAGAAGUGGGCCUUCCGGGGGGACCAGGACGAAGGAGAUGGCCCCCGAGAGUUUUUGGCACUUGUCACUGUCACCGACAAAGCUAAGAAGGAAGCGAUCGAGAAAGACCUUCCUGGGACAGAGUCCAUCUGCCUAAACAUCAAAGAUGAAAAGAGUGGAGUCCCUGAUUUAGUUGCGCUCCUGGCUGUAAGAGAUACCCCGGUUGUGGAUGUAGAUAGCGAGGGGGAGGAGGAAGAUGAAGAUGAAGAAGAAGAAGAGGAAGAUGAUGAUGACGAUGAUGAUGAUGAUGAUGAUUCCGACGGCGAGUCUCUGGAAAAUGGAGAGCGAGGAAAAGAAGGGGUAGACAACCCUGAGUUUGUGGCUAUCGUGGCUUAUACCGACCCCGCUGACCCCUCUGCCAGAGAGGAAAUGCUAAAAAUCGCUUCUGUGAUCGAGACCCUAGGCUGGGGCGAUAAAAAAGACAAAAAAGAUGUCCUUCCUCAAGUCCUGUCCGUCAUGUCCAAGGACACCUCCGGGCCCAGAGUGAAGGUAGAGGAAGCAGGCCGCCAGGUGGACGCCAUGGUCCUGAGGAAGGCGGAGGAAGAUGGGAAUCUUCUGGAAUGUAUUUCUACCUUGGCCGAAGCAGAGAACUGCCCCAAGGGAAAGAAGUCUGGUCUUGGUCUCCUCAGAGGCUGGACCGCUGAGGGCCACCAGGGUGGCCUCUUGGAGCUGGUGGCACUCCUGGCUGCGCAGGAUAUGGUGGAAGCUGUGAAGGAGGAAGAAGCCAGCAGGUGGGGCGGAGGUGGCAGUGGUGGCAGGAAGUGUGAUCACAGCCAAGGUGGCUUAUCCGAUGUCCUGGCUUUCCUGGCCUCCCAGGAGAAUCUAGAAUCCAACGAGGAAUCCGACGAGGAUUCAGACACAGAAUCAGAGGGAGAUUCCGACGACACUGACAGUUCUGAAGAGUCAGAACCUGGUGACAGCGUGUCCAAGAAGCCUCGCGCCAAAAGAGCGCGCACGGGCUCCAAAAGCCUGGCUCCUGCUGGCGCCACCGCGGUCUCCACCGCAUCCAGGGCACGCAAAACCCGCAGGAGUGGCCGAGGUCGUGGUCGGGGCGUCACUCCAGAGAAGAAAGCCGGGAGCGGGGCUGCACCCGAAGACCACGCGGGGAACAAGAAGAAGAAGGGGUCUGCAGGCGCCGGGGCCCGUGCCAGGGCUGGCGAAGCCAAGGGACAGCCAGCUGCUGUUCCCAAGUCUACCCGCGGGAAGAAAGCUCGUCGGGGCCCAAGGCGGGCGCCCAAAUGCCGUUAGUGCCACAGAUGCCACUACGAGCCCUGUCUCUUGUGUGUGGACCCCUUUCCCCUCCUACUAUUCUCUCUCCUCCCUGCUUCCCCCUCUCGCUUAACCGCGUGCAUUUGCUUUGUGUUCUGCUGCGUCCCUGGCUGGCUAUGACCGGUGCCCAGCCUUCCCUCUUAGUUCCAUGAACAGAUGGCGUGAGCGAUCGUGAUGGCCGAAGCCUUGAUACGACAAAGAAAAAAAGAGACAAGACACUUGGAUGCAGUGGCCAGUGGGUGCAGAGAAGAUGCAGUCCUGGAAGACUCUGGAGGGGCUCUGCUGUGCAUCUGGAGCCCCAGUGUGAGUGUGGGUGGGUGCCUGGCACCCCUACCUGCCCAUUCUUCCAGGAACCUGCUUCUGGCCAAACAGCUGGGAUGACUGUGAACCACCUCUGGCCUGACGGGGCCUGGGGGUGAAACAAGAGAGAGUUGGGCAUUAUAGGCAUUCGCUGAGUUUGGAAGGGCUAAGGGCCGUGUGUGUGUGUGUGUGUGUGUGUGUGUGUGUGUUUGUGUUUGUAAUGUAUGUGUGUGUAUGUGUGUAUGUGUGUGUAAUGUAUGUGUGUAUGUGUGUGUAAUGUAUGUGUGUAUGUGUAUUGUGUAUGUGUGUGUAAUGUAUGUGUGUAUGUGUGUUUAUGUGUGUGUGCAUAUGUGUGUGUGUGUGUGUGUGCGCGUGUGUGUGUUGAAGGGAGGGUACUCCAGAAGUGCAAGUCUGAGGGGCUGGGAGGAGGAGGAACAGAAAUAGAAGAAGAGGGGGAGGAAGGCUGGUGGGGGAUGAGGAAAGGAAGAGAGGGGAGGGAGAGGAGGAGGAGAGGUGGUGGUAUUAGCCCACCCAUCCUAGGCUCUGCAGGUGGCUCCCCCACCAGCCCUUGUCUAAAGGUUGAACUGGUAACACUCUGCCAAUGUGUUCUGAUUUUGAAAAACUCACAGGAAAUCCAGAUUUCUGGCUUCUCUGGGCAAGCCCUUCCCCUCCCUCUGUGGCGCCCCAACUCAAUCGCACCAGCUGUCCCUGGCCACUCCUCAGCUGUUUGCCCUUGUAACUCUUGACUUAAUAUGACAAUGGAGUCCCUUGUCCAUUCCCCCAAUUACCACGUUCAGUAAAUACCCCAGGUCUCCUUAAAGGGCCAAGGGCCCCAUUGCAGGAAGCAGUUGCUCUCCCCCAUCCUGGUCUCCACCCCCAUAAUCCUGGCUGACCCUGGCCAGGCUGCAGCCCACUGCUGUCCCUGAGAGCAACCACUUCAGCUGUGUUUUCCUGUAGUGCUAUGUGCCAAAGCCUGGCUGCGCAGUUCUGUGUUACGCUGUGUAGAUAAUGCCUUCCCUUGCACAGCACUUUCACCCUCUUGUUCGUGCGCACGUGUGUGUAUGUGUGUGUCCAAGUUUCUAUCCCUAGGAAGUGACCAGUUCGUGGUGCCUGGACCCUCGAGGAUGUAAGAGAAGUUCUGACCUGCCCUCACAGCCCAAACUGGACAAUCCAACCCUGUGACAGGGACAUACAGAAACUGCAAGGGCUGUGGGUACCUCUUUGUACUCAGAAGCAGCUAUCCCCUCGCUUCCGAGGACCAGUGACAAUGAAGGGACGGAUGGAGAAGCAGGCCAGAGUGGCCUGUGACUGGAGAGGAAGCCUCUCUUCAUGUGGGCUGAUGGACUUGGGGUCUGGUGGAAUUCCUGAGUAACCUGUGGCUGGGGAGGGCCCCACAUGUCACCUCUUCCUGCAUAGUUAUAGGUACCUGUCCUUGUGCGCCAUGUGAGCCGGGAUCCUCCAGUGAAACAAAAUGAAGCACCUUUUGGCUGUUGUU